GUUCAUUCUUCAAGCUGUCAUUGAUGUCAUCAUGGUGUGACAUUUCUACGUCAAACUCGUUCGUGCUGCUUCGAAUUCUUCAGGUGACGGAUCUAUAAUCACAAAAAGAUCAACCCAAACAAUGGCUGCUCUGGCUAACAAGGGAUCCGCACUGGUAUCGACUCUGUUGACCCAGGCACGACCAAAAUUCAACGUUUUCCUUAAGUAUGCCAAGGUAGAGCUAACGCCACCCACUCCAGCUGACAUUCCGGCUAUCCGAAAUGGUAUUGCUCGCAUCAUCUCUGGGGCCCGCACCGGAGCCUGGAAGAAUCUGACCGUCAAAGAGGCAUGGCUUAACUCGCUAGUCACAGCCGAGGUGUUCUUCUGGUUCUACGUAGGCGAGUGCAUUGGCAAGCGUCACCUCGUCGGUUACGAUGUUUAAACGAAUGUUACGGGAGAAGUCUUGAAUGAUUAGUCGAAAUCGGAAACCAGAACAUCGGUAUAAAGAAAAAAGUACACUAAUAAAUACAAACUACAAAAAGCGAA